AUGACGCGUGGGCCGGCAGAAGAAUGCCUCUUAUUGGAGAACUCGGUGGCUGGGAUCCCCUCAGGCUGCAAGGAAGCCCCAGCCUCAGGUGAAAUGGAGAGAGAGAGAAACACAGUGGACAAAGUUUAUUCUAUCUGGAAGCAUACAUUUUGGCAUGGAGAGAGCGAUGACUUUCACUAUAAAAUCACCCAGGGAAGGCAAAGCCUCACGUCGCUCUCGAAUCCCAAAACCCCCGCGCAGCUACGACCACUGACCCUGGUGCUGCACGGCCCCGCGGGAGUGGGCAAAACCACGCUGGCCAAGAAGUGGAUGCUCGAGUGGAGGCAGGACAGCCUCUCCAAGACGCCGCAGUCCGCCUUCUACCUCAGCUGCAAGGAGCUCACCCGCCAGGGGACGUGCACUUUCGCGGAGCUGAUAGCCAAGAGCAGGCCCGAGGUGCGGGAAGCCGAGGUCCUGGCCCAAGCGCAGAACGUCCUGUUCGUCGUCGACGGUUUCGAGGAGCUGCGGGUCCCCUCGGGGUCGCUCAUCCACGACAUCUGUGGCGACUGGAAGAAGCAGAAGCCGGUGCCCGUGCUGCUGGGCAGCUUGCUGAAGAGAAAGCUGCUGCCCAAGGCCACCUUGCUGGUCACCACGCGGCCGGGCGCGCUGAGGGAGCUGCGGCUCCUGGCUGAGCAGCCGGUCCUCCUCGAGGUGGAGGGGCUCUCGGAGCUGGGCCGGCGGCAGUAUUUCCUGAAGCACUUCGGGGCGGGGGCGCAGGCCCUGCGCGCCUUCGAGGCCAUGAGGAGCAGCCCGGCCCUGUUCCGCCUGGGCUCGGCGCCCGCCGUGUGCUGGGCCGUGUGCACGUGCCUGCGGCGGCAGCUGGAGCAGGGCGAGGACCCGGCCGCCGCCUGCCGCACCGGCACGGCGCUCUUCCUGCGCUUCCUGUGCGGCCAGGUCGCGCCCGCGGCCGCCCGCGGGCCCCUGCCGGCCGCGCUGAGGGCCGCCAGCGCCCUGGCUGCCGCGGGCCUGCGGGCGCAGACGUCCGCGCUGCAGGCGGGAGACCUGGAGAGGCUCGGCCUCAAGGGCUCCGCGCUCCGGCCUUUCCUGGACAAGGGCAUCGUGCAGGAGGACGCGGACUGCGAGGGCUGCUACGCCUUCGUGCACCUGAGCGUCCAGCAGUUCCUGGCCGCCGUGUUCUACGUCCUGGACGGCGAGGGCCGGGAGGACGCGGGCCGCCGCGCGCCGGACCUCGGCGACCUGCGGGCGCUGCUCUCCAGGGAAGCAAGACUGAGGAACCCCGACCUGACGGCCGUGGGCUACUUCUUGUUCGGCCUCUGCAACGAGCGGAGGGCCAGGGAGCUGGAGGCGACCUUCGGCUGCCGCGUGUCCGCGCGGGUCAAGCGGGAGCUCCUGGCGUCGCUGUCCGGCGCGGGGGCGCCCUUCUCCUGGACCGCGGACCUGCGGGAGGUGCUGCACUGUCUCUACGAAUCUCAGGAGGGGUCCCUCGUGGAGGAGGCCACAGCCCACGUCAGGGAACUGUCCCUGCAUCUGCGAAACGAAGUGGACCUUGCGCACUCCUCAUUCUGUCUCCAGCAUUGUCAGCACUUGCAGAAGGUUUCCCUGCAGGUGGCCAAGGGGGUAUUCGUGGAGAGCGGCCGCGCCUCAGGGUCAGGCUCGUGGGUGGAGAGGUGGCAGCACGACCACCAUGCUCUUCAUCUCUGGGCUGGUCUCUGCUCCGUGUUCAGUUCCAACAAGAGCCUCAGCUCCCUGGACGUGAGUCAAAGCUUCCUGAGCCCCUCCUCCGUGAGGAUUCUUUGUGAGCAGAUAACCCGUACUUCCUGUCAUCUCCAGAAGGUGGUGAUUAAGAACGUCUCCCCCGUGGAUGCGUAUCGGGACUUCUGUCUGGCCUUCAUUGGUAAGAAGACCCUGACCCACCUGACCCUGGAAGGCGGUGCCCACGGUGACACAAUGCUCCUCUUGCUGUUGUGUGAGGCCCUGAAGCACAGGACAUGCAACCUGCAGUAUCUCAGGUUGGGGUCUUGUUCUGACAUCCUUCCGCAGUGGGAUGAUUUCUCCUUGGCUCUCAAAGUCAACCAGUCCCUGCAGUUUCUGGACCUCACCGCCAGUGAGCUCUGGGAUGAGGGUGUCAAGUUGCUGUGUGACACGCUGAGACAUCCGAAGUGUUUCCUGCAGAAGUUGUCGUUGGAAAACUGUCACCUUACGGGAGCCUGUUGCAAGGAGCUCUCUUCUGCUCUGAUUGUCAACCAGAGGCUGACACAGCUGUGCUUGGCCAAGAACAACCUUGGGGAUGGUGGGGUGCAGCUGCUGUGCGAGGGCUUGAGUUACCCCGACUGUCAGCUGCAGACCCUGGUGUUGUACCAGUGCAGCAUAACCAGACGUGGCUGCAAACACAUCGCAAAGCUUCUCCAGGGAGGCUCCAGCUUGACGCACUUGGACCUGGGUCUCAAUCCCAUCGCUACAGGAUUGUGGUUUCUCUGUGAGGCUUUGAAGAAGCCAGAUUGCAACCUAAAAUGCCUGGGGCUCUGUGGCUGUUCCAUCGCGCCUUUCUGUUGUCAGACCCUUGCCUCUGCUCUUGCCAGCAACCAGAAGCUGGAGGCCCUGGACCUGGACCAGAACUCGCUGGGGCCGAGUGGAAUCACGGUGCUCUUGGAAGCCUUGCAACAAAGUCGCAGUCCCUUGAAGACCCUCAGGCUGAAGAUGGAUGAAUCCAGCGGGGAGAUCCAGGAGCUGCUGCAGGCACUGAAAGACAGCAACCCCACGCUGAGGGUCGACUGUCAGAAUGCCAAGGCGGCCAGAUCCUCGUAUGACAACUUCCUUUUCUGGACACCCUGA